CGCCCCGCCCGUGGCGCUCUUGGGCAGCGCGGGCCUCCGUCCCUCCCCUCCCACCGCCUCCCUGCCCUUCUAGCCGCGGCUGGCUAAACUCGAUGGUUCGCUGCGCCGCGCCGGCCGCUCUAGCAACCCCUGGCUGUCACACUUUGGUUUCCGGCUCGGUUCUGGCGGGUCUGAGCGCUCCGACUUCCAGAGCAACGCUGUGCACGUGGAGAAGAGCGGGGACUCCGCGACCCUGCCCUCCCGACCCUGAUGUUCGAAGAGCCUGAGUGGGCCGAGGCGGCCCCAGUAGCCGCGGGCUUCGGGCCCGUAAUCUCACGACCUCCGCCUGCGGCAGCCUCGCAAAACAAGGGCUCCAAGCGCCGCCAGCUCUUGGCCACAUUACGGGCCCUAGAGGCAGCAUCUCUUUCCCAGCAUCCCCCCAGCCUAUGUAUAAGUGACUCUGAGGAGGAGGAGGAGGAGGAAAGGAAGAAGAAAUCCCCAAAAAAGGCAUCGUUUGCCAAUGCCUCUGCUGAAGUAGGGAAGAAAGGGAAGAAGAAAUGUCAAAAACAGGGCCCACCUUGCAGCGACUCUGAGGAAGAAGUAGAAAGGAAGAAGAAAUGCCACAAACAGGCUCUUGUUGGCAGUGACUCUGCUGAAGAUGAGAAAAGAAAGAGGAAAUGCCAGAAACAUGCCCCUAUAAAUUCAGCCCAGCACCUGGAUGAUGUUGACCAAACAGAUCCCAAAGCCUGGAAGGGUAGUACUACAAAUGAUCCACCAAAGCAAAGCCCUGGGUCCACUUCCUCUAAACCCUCUCAUACAUUAAGCCGCAAGCAGUGGCGGAACCGGCAAAAGAACAAGAGAAGAUGUAAGAACAAGUUUCAGCCACCUCAAGUGCCAGACCAGGCUCCAGCUGAGGCCCCCACAGAGAAGACAGAGGUGCCUCCUGUUCCCAGGACAGACAGCCAUAAGGCUCGGGCAGGGGCUUUGCGAGCCCGCAUGGCACAGCGGCUAGAUGGGGCCCGAUUUCGCUACCUCAAUGAACAGUUGUACUCAGGGCCCAGCAGUGCUGCACAGCGUCUCUUCCAGGAAGACCCUGAAGCUUUUCUUCUCUACCACCGCGGCUUCCAGAGCCAAGUGAAGAAGUGGCCACUGCAGCCAGUGGACCGCAUCGCCAGGGAUCUUCGCCAGCGGCCUGCAUCCCUAGUGGUGGCUGACUUCGGCUGUGGGGAUUGCCGCUUGGCUUCAAGUAUCCGGAACCCUGUGCAUUGCUUUGACUUGGCUUCUCUGGACCCUAGGGUCACUGUGUGUGACAUGGCCCAGGUUCCUCUGGAGGAUGAGUCUGUGGAUGUGGCUGUGUUUUGCCUUUCACUGAUGGGAACCAACAUCAGGGACUUCCUAGAGGAGGCAAAUCGAGUACUGAAGCCAGGGGGUCUCCUGAAAGUGGCUGAGGUCAGCAGCCGCUUUGAGGAUGUUCGGACCUUUCUGCGGGCUGUGACCAAGCUAGGCUUCAAGAUUGUCUCCAAGGACUUGACCAACAGCCAUUUCUUCUUGUUUGAUUUCCAAAAGACUGGGCCCCCUCUGGUAGGACCCAAGGCUCAACUUUCAGGCCUGAAGCUUCAGCCAUGUCUCUACAAGCGCAGGUGACCUCUGGAUCUUCCUUGAAAGGGGAGGCAGAGCUCAAACUCCAGGCUCAGAACUGUGAAGACUGUUUCCAGCCUGGCUGUGAACCAAGACCUGGUUGCUGGUGGACCCCGAGGACAAAAUGUGAUAAAACCUCUGGCUCAGACUUGCUCUACUGAAGGCUUCUUGGUUAUAAGAUGCAUAAAGUCACUGGGGCUAGCUAAACAAUAAAGAGUUUAUUGUGAGAA